AGAGCCGCUGGCGCACUCGCGCGCUGCGCUCGCCCCCUCCCCCGCCCGGGCUGUGGAGCGCGCGCUUGAUCUCCCCUUCAUUUUUUUCCUCCCCUCCCUCCCGGCCUCGAUCUCUCGCUCCCUCUCUGCCCGGAGAGCUCCUGGCUGCCCGCGGCUCCCUCGCCCUCUCCUCGUCUUCGGUAGGCUCCACCGAGCGAUGCGAUCUCUGGGAGACAGCGACGCCGCCUCCCGCUAGAGACCUGCCCCCGGGGCCGGCCCCCUGCCCAUCCCUGCCCAGCGCGCGGGGGUCGGCGAAGGCGCCGCGGACGCACCGACGGUUGAGGAUCGGCGAUGCACAUGCACUAGCAGCACCCCCUAACUCACUCCCUCCACACCCCACGCCGCCGCCGCCUCCUCCUCCUCCGGCAGCACUGGCAGAAGGACCCACCCUGCCCCCCACCCCACCCUCCGCGGGCUCCGGCUGCGGCUCCUGCCUCGACUAUUAUUUUAUUUAUUUUGGGUUGUGCACAAGCCUCCGUGCCUGCAGCCCGCGCCUCCUCGGACUGCGGGCGCCUCCUGCCUCGGCUCCCGAGCCCCAGACCCCGGCCACCCUCGCUUCAACACCCCCAGAGCCCCGCCAGCUGUCGCGAGUUUCCGCUGCUAGAAUCUUGUCAGCGGCUGUCUUUUUGGGGGGUUCUGGUUUACCGACAUUUUUGUUUUCAGCCAAGGGGAAGAUAUCGUGAUUUUUUUUCCCCCUUUGAGCCUAGGCUCUGCUCUCUGGGGGGGUGGGGGGCGCGCCGAGCCGGGGAGCCUUGCUAGCCGAGUCGUGCGGGCUGUGGCAGGGAAGGGGCCACCAUGGGAUGUACUCUGAGCGCAGAAGAGAGAGCCGCCCUCGAGCGGAGCAAGGCGAUUGAGAAAAACCUCAAAGAGGAUGGCAUCAGCGCCGCCAAAGACGUGAAAUUACUCCUGCUGGGGGCUGGAGAAUCAGGAAAAAGCACCAUUGUGAAGCAGAUGAAGAUUAUCCACGAAGAUGGCUUCUCUGGAGAAGACGUGAAACAGUACAAGCCUGUCGUCUACAGCAACACCAUCCAGUCCCUGGCGGCCAUCGUCCGGGCCAUGGACACUUUGGGCAUCGAAUACGGUGACAAGGAGAGAAAGGCCGACGCGAAGAUGGUGUGUGACGUGGUGAGCCGGAUGGAAGACACGGAGCCCUUCUCCCCAGAGCUGCUGUCCGCCAUGAUGCGCCUGUGGGGCGACUCAGGGAUCCAGGAGUGCUUUAACCGGUCCCGGGAGUAUCAGCUCAACGAUUCGGCCAAAUACUACCUGGACAGCCUGGAUCGGAUCGGAGCCACUGACUACCAGCCCACAGAGCAGGACAUCCUCCGAACCAGGGUCAAAACCACCGGCAUCGUAGAAACCCACUUCACAUUCAAGAACCUUCACUUUCGGCUGUUCGACGUCGGGGGCCAACGAUCUGAACGCAAGAAGUGGAUCCACUGCUUCGAGGACGUCACGGCCAUCAUCUUCUGUGUCGCGCUCAGCGGCUAUGACCAGGUGCUCCACGAAGACGAGACCACGAACCGCAUGCACGAGUCCCUGAAGCUCUUCGACUCUAUUUGCAACAACAAGUGGUUCACGGACACGUCCAUCAUCCUGUUCCUCAACAAGAAGGACCUGUUUGAGGAGAAGAUCAAGAAGUCCCCGCUGACCAUCUGCUUCCCCGAGUACACAGGCCCCAGCGCCUUCACGGAAGCCGUGGCGUACAUCCAGGCCCAGUACGAGAGCAAGAACAAGUCCGCCCACAAGGAGGUCUACACCCACGUCACCUGUGCCACCGACACCAACAACAUCCAGUUCGUUUUCGACGCCGUGACGGACGUCAUCAUCGCCAAAAACCUGCGGGGCUGCGGCCUCUACUGAGCCCCCUGGCCUUGCCUCCCAGCCGCCCGCCGCGCUGCCCAGCCUGCCGCCCCCCCACCCCCCCUCCGGAACCAGAGCCCGGCACCUCUCAACCUCUAACGCACUUGACAGGGAAGCACAGCAGCCGGCACCAAGGCGGGAGGAGGGACGGUCCUCCACGGCCGCCCCGCCCCCCGCAGCAGAGCGAGUGGUAACCCCGGCCGGGCAGCGUGCUGUGUACCCGCACGGCCCUGGGCCCUGGGCCGGGCUGCCCGCUGCCCUCCUGCAGCUCCCUGGCCUCGGCCCCAGCUCUGUCUCUGAGCGUUCAAUCUUGGGGCGAGGAGUGUGGGGUCAAGGCCACCGUGUGGCCCAGAAUGGGCACCCCCUGCACUUGGUGACUCGCACUCGAAGUCCCAAGGACUCCUCCUGCCUUCUGGGGUCGUGCAGGUGGUAGGGGUGGCCAUGGGGCAGGGUGCUGGGAGGGGAGGGGGCUGUCGGAGCCACUGCUCAGCUUUUCCUGGGGUCUCUCUGGGUGGGGCAGCUCCGUCACCAAAAGCCAGGGUGGGACUGGGCCCAGGGCGCACGGGUCCAAGGGCUCAGACCUCAGCAACAAGUGCCUCUCGCCUCCCUCCCCGCGGAUCUCAGCCCCCGGCAGAAACCCUGCCUUCUCCCUCCCGGCCGUCCUUCCUUGCACACCCCUGGGGCUCCUGGCAGCCCUCCUCACGGGUUGGGGAACGGUUCUGUGACUGACGACAUAUUGCAGCAGCCUGUGGUCCACGGCGCGGGGGGGGAGGCCCCAAGUCCCAUGGUGCCUAGGCAGGGUCAAGGAGAGGGUGCGAGGUUGGGGGAGGGGUGCUGAGGGGAAGUAGCCCUGUGUCGACUGCCGUAGGGCCUCACACCUCACCCUUGCAGGCGCAAGGGUGACCCGUCUACCUUUCCCCAUCACCCGGUCUUGGGAAGCAGCUGUGGGUGUCAGUAGCCCAGCAUUUUCUUCUUGAAUUUGCAGUGAAUCCAACUCGAACCGGCAGGGGCCGGGUGGAGGUUCUGUUGUUGGGGAGGCUGGGGGUGUGGAUGCGGCCAAUGUGCAGCUUCAUUUGGUCUCGGUGAAGAAACCGGCAGUGGGGGGGGGGGGUCCCCAGCCCUUGGUCCUGCAGGCCCUGGGGGCAGAGGAGGGCUGUCGGGCACUGCCAGGGGCCCACGCUGCCUCAGACGCCCCUGCUUCUAUAAAGAGAGUCCUUGGAGCUCUUGGAGGGGCUUUGGGAGACUCCUGAGCAACAGUGGGCAGGUGACUUCCCACGACCCAGGCCUGGUGCCAGCAGCCCGGCAGACCCUGUGCGCUGCGUGACGGGCUCUGCCAGGGGAGCCACAUGUGCCCAAGGGAAGCGAGGGGGCCGCCCCUGGAGGGGUCUCUGGCUCCCUCCCCAAGCCCUCUGCUCUUCCAGCCCCGACCUGGGCGCUGCGCUCUCUCCCAGGGCCAGUCCACACCCUUGGACUCCCAGGACCGCCCCCUGGCUGCCCUGGAGCCCCGGAAAGAGCCCCUCCCUGCCAGUCUCUCUGGGCUGCCUGGGUCCAGCAGGCCCUCGGCUCUGCACAGCACACGGGAGACCCGAAGCCCAGCCCCCGGAGCCCGACACCGGCAGGCUGGAUGCCCCUGGGCGAGCCCCUCCGCCGUCCGGCUCUCCUGCUGUGGCCCAGCCUUGUGGGAAGUCACGGGCAGCCAGCCCGGUCCGCUCAGUCCUUUCACCUGUGGGCUGCCCGUGGGCCGCCCGUGGGCCGGGCCGGGCCGUGGCAGAGCCCAGCCCCUGGAGCCCACAGUCUCCACACCGUCACGGGCAGCCUGGCCCAAGCCUGCCAUUUUGCCCGACAUGGGAGACAUCGCCGUCAUUUCCCUGCAUCGUCACCCCAGGGGUUGCCAACUGUGCCCCUACUUCUGCCCCGGGACCCCAGACUCAAACGCAGCAGCAAGAAGGAGGAGGUGGCCAAGCCCACCUCGGGUGGAGGAAGGCACGCCCUGCAGGCCCCGCCCUCGCUGGCGGGGGCAGCGGAGUCCGGGGGAGCCGGUUGCCUGGGGCCUUCCUGCGCCUCCCGCUCCGCUCCGGGCUGCCCUCUCUCCCCCACACUCCGUCCCGCUUCUCGCGCUGCUCUGGGCCUCCGGCCCUCGGGUGCCCGUGGUUGUCUAACGCAAACCCUCAAGGGGCGGGGGGGGGGGGGUGUUGGGGCCGAAUGCCCUCGCCGCUCACUGCGUGGUUCACGCCUGUUGUCACUGACGGCGCCACCCUGGGGAGUGAUAGCUAAGGUGGCAGAUGAGUUUUGGCUCCGUCGUGGGUGCAGGGGGAGAUGUUGUGAGUGGUGUGACUUGGGUGGCCUGUGUUUGGGGGCCAUGCUUCAACUCUCCGAGUGGCCCUGACAUGGCCGGCCAAGGGGAAGCUGACUUCUAGGAAGUCAUCUUUGCCAAACCCGUGGAAAGUGUGCCUGCCACCCCGGUGCCCGUGGGCGAGCUCGGUGCCCUGCCCCAAAUGCCCCCACCAGAGCCAGGCCUUGGCCUUGGCACGGAGAACUGAGAGCGGCCCCCAGGCUCUCAGGCCUGGCGGGGGUGCGGGGCAGCACCCGAGGCCCCAGGAGGGGCGCUGUUGAGCCUGUGGACUCCAGUCUGGGCAUGGCGUGGGCUCUGGGCCCCUCGCCAACAGCUUUGACCUUCUGGGUCCGGGGCCGCUUCCCACAGAAGCCUAAUGCCAAGUGCCCCGGCCCUUCCUGUCUGCUCUGGCCCCAGCAGAGCCUGAGGGCCUGUGGCCACGUGUUCACACCAGGGAGCAGGGGGCAGAGCCCAGGCAGGGGGCCACCACCGCACCUGGUGCCAGGAGGCAGCGCUGCCUCCCGGCCCAUCUCCGCGCCCCGCUGGCAGGAGCCGGGGGCAGUACAGUGCCCACGGCAGUGAGUCCUCACAGCACCCACCAGCGGGCAGCAGCCGCCAGUGCACACCCCACCCAGAGCCUCCAAAACCAGGCCCUCUGCACCCCUCCAUUCUGCCAAGACAAGUGGGAGGGAAUGCUUACCCCUCUGCUCCGUCCUAAUGCACUCACAGCGCAUGCCAGGUGUGGCCGGUUCCGCAGGUUCUUCCUCCUUCCGGACCCUCCCCUUCCCCUUGGUCCGGCCCCUGCACUCCUCAGUAAGGAACCCACCAACACCCGGGCCUCAGUCUCCUCCCUCCAGACCGGGCGGGGGCCUGCCCGGCCCCUCCUCAAGAAGCCUGGCACACCGAGCCUCUCCCACUGCCCCUGCUCUUCUCUGAGCCUCUGGAAGCCUCAGGCACAGCCUGGCAGAUGUCAGGAAUGGAGGUCUGCGGCUACCAGGGACUCCGUCCGAGGUGCCACGGGCCAGCACCCCCAGACAGUCCCCCGUCUCGGCCCACGCGCCUUCACAGUGAGGGUCCCAGCAGCUCAGGGCUGCGAGGCUAGACUUAUCAGCCAGACCGGGAACCCGGGCCAGCGUGCGGGCUGCGCCCUGUGAUGGUGGUCAAGCUGCCCACCCCUCAGUGAGGCAUGGUGGGGGGGCCUUCCCUCUGGGGGCUCCCCGGGCUCCAGACGGACCCCAUCUCGGCCGUGUGAAGGCCCCCGUCAAGGGAGGGGCCGGUCGAGGCAGCAGCAGAGGGAAGCCCCCCACCGUCCUCAGUCCCUGGCCCCCUUGGUCAGAGGGGGCCCCCUGCAUGGACAGGUUUCACCCCCAGGCCCAAUGUGCCAAGACCAGCAGCGUGGAGACACCUCUUUCUUAGCAGAGCCAGCAGCUCCACACACCCCUGGCCCUGUGGCCCCUCAUCUCCUCCCCGCACCCCUCCCCACCUUGCAAUCCUGCAGCCUCCCCCAGCAGCCAGGCCCUCCCCUCCCGGUCUCUGGCUGCCUGCCAUGGCUCUGCCUCGAUGCCCACUGCCUGUGCCCUCUGCCCCCAGGCCUCCUCCCCCCACCACUGCCACCUCUCUGCUCCCCUCCCCCGUCCCAGGCAGGGCGGGCGUGGGUGCCCCUCCCUCCCCAGCAAACCUUCCACCUUAGUCUCAGUAGUCCCCCUCUCCGCCCCUCCUCCGCCCCCCACCCAAUUAACUGUAAUUUUGUAAGUAGAGCAACUUGUGGGUUUAAUAAAUCUCUAGUCAUUGUAAUAACUUAUGGGCUGCAGUAAUGUAUUUAUUAGUCACCUACCGUUAAUAAAAAGUGCCAGCUUUUCUCUA